AUGGCGGUUCCGUCCGCUCCCUACACCUUUCGACCUCCAAGCCCUCCAUUCAUCCACAUUCCCCCCACGGCACACGGCUCUGGAGGAGAUUCGAUCCCAGGUCUCCUCCCUUCGUACGAGAACGUCGAUCCGCAACAGCUCACCCCGAGGGACGUGGCCAUCAUCACCCAGAACGUCACCCACGCACCCACCGAUCGCGCGUCGGACUGGUCAUACGAGCAGCGGAGAGAGGCUCAGCCUCUGCUCAACUUUUUAUAUCUCGGACCAAACAGCGCCGCGCGUGAUGGCGAGUUUCUGAGAAGCGAGGGUAUCACCAUGGUUCUGGUUGCGCGGGAUGCGCGCAUGGCUGGUAUGAAGCUCAUGAGCAUUGAAAAGGUUGCUCAGACAUUGGGCAUUGUGGUGCACUACGUCGACAUGGACGGCUACGACAACAUGAUUAGUUCCUUCUCCAACACGAUCCGAGCAGUCAACGACCACCUCCUCACCAUCUACCACAGUCAAGCGCAGGGCAGAAGCAAGGAUGGCAGCCUGGUUGUUGAGACCGCCACGUUUCGUCGGGGCAAAGUUCUCGUGGCGUGCGAGACGGGCAACGACCGGUCAGCCGCCAUGGCAGCGGCGUACAUCAUGGCGCUAUUCGGAAAGGACAUGAUCACGACGAUACAGUUUAUUUCCGUGCAGCGGUUCUGCUGCUGCUUCGACGAGGACGUCAAGCGCAAGCUGCAGAGCUGGGAGGAUAUCCUGAGGGCGCGGUCACAGGUUGCUUCGCAGGCCAAGAUUGCGGGGCAGCAUGGAAAACGCCACAUUGACGAGGUGAUGGAGACGCAGGGAAAUUCUGACCAAGGUGACUCUGUUGCACUUGAUCACGAUCGGUUCCAAGGGCGAGAUGCGUUUGUUCCCUUUAUGGACAUGUAA